GUGGCUAAUAAUGCUUGAUGCUGCAAUAAGAUGAAAAGAAUGAAGAAAGAAAAAAAUUUAACUAGCAAAAAUGUUUAUUUUAACAUUUUGUAACAUCUUGAAAUAUGAUCCUAUUUUUAUUUUUGAUAGUUUAAUUUUAGGCCAUUUAUGGAUGGCUACUUUAUUGAUUUAAAACAUUUCUCCAUCCUGUACAUGAUCAGCUUCUGAUUGCUACAUCUUACACUGAAAACCUUAAAUGCUGUUAUGCAAAAACUGGAAAAACCUUUAAUGACACAGAGGAAUGACAGUCACUGCAGUGAAGUGGCUGUGGUGACACAUCGUGACAAGCUGCUCUUCAGAAAGACACAGAAGCCCCGCUCGGUGGGUGACCACUCUCUAGAUCGCAUGAGCUCCUCAGGUCCUGGCAGUUUAAUGGAAGAAUCGGAACCGCUGUUGACCCGGAGGUCAAAGGGAAGGAGGUCAAACGGACACUGCACAUGGAGCACUCACUCCCUGGAUUCGAAGGCAGUGGAGGACUUCAGGAGGAGGCUAAAGUUCUUCUUUAUGAAUCCAUGCGAGAAGUACAGAGCCAGGGGUCGGAAACCUUGGAGACUGAUGUUGCAGAUAUUGAAAAUCUUCAUCAUCACAGUACAGCUGGUCUCUUUCGGCCUGAGCAAUGAAAUGGUGGCUACUUUCAAAGAGGACAACCUAAUGACAUUCAAACAUCUGUUCCUGAAAGGAUUUAAGGAUCACUGGCAUGGAAGCUACACUCUUUACACUAAAGCUGACAUGUAUGAUCACAUCUACCACAUCAUAAACAGGUACAAUGAUCUUGAGAACCUGACUAUAGGAAAUCUUGCAUAUGAGAAGGUCGAUGGCAAAUACACCCCACUGUUCGUCUGUAGGCUGUUUUACAGAAACAGCAGCAUUAAUCUGGCGAGAGAUACGUUCUAUAUUGAUCCACACAUUGAUGAAGAUUGUGUUUCCAUAUCCCCAGUGCAGUCGCUUGACAAUAUUUAUCUGGCAAAAAAAAUCAACUUCUCUUUAGAUUUCAAAAGGCUUGUGUCAGUUAACAUCAACUUCACUCUGAAAACCAUCAAUCUGCAGACUGUGCGGCACCAUGAGCUACCAGACUGCUAUGGCUUCCAUAUAAAGAUCAUAUUUGAUAACCGUGCACACAGCGGAAGGAUAAAAGUGGGUGUUGAAAAUGAUGUCACAAUUUAUGAGUGCAGAGACUAUAACGUGAGAGGCAAUUCUGGGAAGAUUGAUUAUCUCCUCUUGAUGCUUGAUUCCUUGGUCAUCCUCGCCUGUGUCGCCUCCCUCAUCUUCUGCCUGCGAUCUGUUGUCAAGGGCAUUCAACUCCAGUUUGAGUCCAACAUUUUCUUCCAUGCCUACUUCAAUAAACUGGUGACUUGGUCAGAACGUAUGGAGUUUGUGAAGGGCUGGUAUAUAUUCAUCAUCAUCAGUGACACACUAACCAUCACCGGGUCAGUGCUGAAAAUAGGAAUUCAAACCAAGUUCCUGACCAACUACGAUGUCUGCAGCAUCGUACUUGGAACAGCCACCAUGCUGGUGUGGAUUGGUUUUAUUCAGUACCUUGGUUACUUCAAGAAAUACAAUAUCCUAAUCCUGACCCUGAGGGCUGCCUUUCCUAACGUUAUCCGUUUUUGCUGUUGCGCUGCAAUGAUCUAUCUCGGGUACUGCUUCUGUGGUUGGAUUGUACUUGGACCUCAUCAUGACAAGUUCCGAACACUUGACAAAGUGACAGAGUGCCUUUUCUCUCUCAUAAACGGAGAUGACAUGUUUGCCACCUUCCUGAACAUGAGAGACAAGAGCUACAUGGUGUGGCUUUUCAGCAGAGUCUACCUCUACACCUUCACCUCUCUCUUCAUCUACAUGGUACUCAGCCUUUUCAUCGCCCUCAUCACCGACACCUACGAAACCAUCAAACAUCACCAGAAAGAUGGCGAACCAGUAUCCCUGCUUCACGCCUUCAUAGCAGAGUGCCAGGACCAACCUGAGUCUGGAUAAUACCAAUAUGAGGAGGAGUCUUCGAGCUGCUGCUUCCCUCCAUGGGAGUGAUUGAAAAGCAAUUGCACGGACAUAGCAUUAACUGUGUGGGCAAAAUUAUAACAUAUAACUGCAAUAUUCCAUAAAGGUAUCAUCUCAAUAGGUUCUCAGAUUAUAGUAGCCACUGAUAAAAACCCCAUGAGGGUCUUCUUGUUCAAUACUUGUUUAAUAAAAAAAGAAGUUGUUAAAUAAGCUGCAGCUUCCUGAUUUAUUUUUUACAGAGGCCUGUAUAGAAACCAGUAUAAUAAACUAAUGUACUUAUAAAAGCACACCUUUUCAUUGCCAUGAUUAAAAAAUAAAACCUUUAUUCUGGCAAUAUUUUAAGGUAAUAGUCAGCUGAUUUAGUAAAUAACUUUGUGGUUAAAAUUCAACUCUGAGUGCAUGUUGACAUCUAGAGUUUUUUGCAUGCUCCGUGGUCCUCAUCAUGUCUGAUUAAGGGCUGAUUUCUAACCUUUUUGGGACCAAAAACAACAACUUCUUCCUGUUCUGAAUGGAGAUGGAGGUAAUUCUGACCCAACCCUCAUGGACAUUUUGUACACAUUAACUAGAUGCCUCUGGUGGACUAUGAUCAAGUUGUAAGUUGUACUUUAGCAGCAUAGAUAUUGUAAGAUAUGUUUUAAUACUCCAUAAUCUAGAGGGAUCUUUAAAAAACAAGACCAGAGUGUGUUUUCCAACAGUCAAAGUAUUACACUUUGCAGCCUCCUAGAUAAAGUUCACUUGACCAGUUCACAUGUUUGUUGUGGAACUUGAAAAGUCUUAAAACUAUGUCUUUUGAGGCAUUUCGUUGGUGGUGCUGCGGGUCUACAGGGUGCUGGGAAUGCUUUAAAGGUACCGAGUCCUUUUAUAACCAAAUCAAAAGUUCUGCCUCAUUUUUGGCACAAAGCUGAGUUUGUUCACCACCAGGGCUGACCAUGGCUGUGGUUGCCCGUUGAGUGUGAAGUAGUCAGGGUGAAAGUCAGCUCCUAUGAGUCUGAGGUCAUAGCUCCUAACUAGAAAGAGGUGUAAUGUUUGGGAGGUCAGCCUCUGCCACAGGUGGAGUUCAAGUUUCUUGUUUUGUUCACAACUGAUGGAGGAUGGAGCAGGAGAUGCUUAGACAGAUUUGGGCCUCAUCUGCAGCAAUGCAGCUGCUUUUGUUUGGCACCUUGAAGAAAGAUUUUUUUUUUUUUCAGGUCUACCCUUGCCUAUGAUCAUGAAAGAUGGAUCAUGAAUAUGUAUGUAUGCAUAACACUAUAUAUGUGUGUAUAUGUAUAUGUGGUUUAAAUGAAGAUCAUAUGUAGUAUUCCUUUGAUUUUUUAAACUGGUUUACUGUCUUUUGGUUUGCUUCCCCGACCGAGUAGACUUCCUUUCAGGUCUUGGGGUAAAGUUUUGUAC